AUGGCUUCACCGGCCGGAAAAUACGUCCUAGUCUACUACGUCCCCACCGAGCACUCCAUGGCUGUCACAGCGGCUGUGCAUGCUACAGGUGCCGGAACCUGGCCUGGAGGUACCUACGGAGAAACCUGCUUCAUUACAGAAGGCACGGGACAAUUCAGACCACUUCAAGGCGCGAAUCCAAAUAUAGGCAAGGUGGGAGAUCUAGAGCAGGUCAACGAGCACAAGGUGGAGAUGGUGAUCUUCGGCAAGGAUGUAGCUUUGCAGGCCGUAGGGGCGCUGAAGAACGCACACCCGUAUGAAGUGGUGGCAUAUAGCGUGGUCAAAGCCGAGGACUUCUGA